AUGUGUGUAUUGGGUGUAAAUCGGGCGAAGGAGGGAGUGAAAUCUCGAACUGUGCCAGGCUUCACUUUCAACUCUCGACUGGUACUUCAAGCUCCACAUAAGACAAGACUUUCAGACAGUUGGCAUCAUCGUAGCCGAUUGCAUGUCAUAAAAACGUCUCCUUCUCUUUGUUAUUCUCUCUUCUCCCUCAGUGGUAUCAACUUCUUGGAUCUCAUGAUAAGACAGGGACUGGCAGACACUCUACUGAAGCCGCCCUUCGUGAUGGGCUCGGAGUGUGCCGGAAUCAUCGAAGAAGUCGGAGAAAGUGUGCAGCAAUUCAAGCUUACAGAGUAUUCGCCCAAAAAAAUAGUUGAUUUUGCCGCCAGUCACUACGACUAUGCUCAAGGCUUUCUCAUACUCAACAUUUUCUGGGUCCCCAAACGAAUCGAGUAUUUCCAGUACACAUUCCGGUCAAUUGUACUGGCGAAUUUAGCUUGGCCCAUGUGCUCCCCUUGA